AUGGACGGUGCUGGAGAAUCACGACUCGGUGGCGGAAGCGGCGGGAAUGGCGGCGGCGGUGAUGGCUCCGUUGGUGUACAGAUCCGACAAACCAGGAGGCUACCGGAUUUUCUCCAGAGCGUGAAUCUCAAGUACGUCAAAUUAGGUUACCAUUACGUGAUCUCAAAUCUCUUGGCUCUCUGUCUAUUCCCUCUCGCCGUCGUUAUCUCCGUCGAAGCGUCUCAGAUGAACCCAGACGAUCUCCGUCAGCUCUGGAUCCAUCUCCAGUACAAUCUGGUCAGUAUCGUCACCUGCUCCGCGAUUCUGGUCUUCGGUUUAACCGUCUAUGUCAUGACCCGACCCAGACCCGUUUACUUGGUCGAUUUCUCCUGUUACCUCCCGCCUGAUCACCUCAAGGCUCCCUUCACUCGGUUCAUGGAUCACUCUAGACUCACCGGAGAUUUCGAAGACUCUGCUCUCGAGUUUCAGCGCAAGAUCCUCGAGCGCUCUGGUUUAGGAGAAGACACUUAUGUCCCUGAAGCUAUGCAUCAUGUUCCACCGAGAAUCUCAAUGGCCGCCGCUAGAGAAGAAGCUGAGCAAGUCAUGUUCGGUGCUUUAGAUAACCUCUUCGCAAACACGAGUGUGAAUCCAAAGGAUAUCGGAAUCCUCGUUGUGAACUGUAGCCUCUUUAACCCGACACCUUCGCUUUCCGCGAUGAUUGUGAACAAGUACAAGCUUAGAGGUAACAUCAGAAGCUACAACCUCGGCGGGAUGGGUUGCAGCGCCGGAGUCAUCGCCGUGGAUCUUGCUAAAGAUAUGUUGUUGGUACACAGGAAGACUUACGCUGUUGUUGUUUCCACGGAGAACAUCACUCAGAACUGGUACUUCGGUAACAAGAAGUCGAUGUUGAUACCGAACUGCUUGUUUCGAGUCGGUGGCUCGGCGGUUUUGCUGUCGAACAAGUCUAGCGACAAGAGACGGUCCAAGUACAGGCUUGUGCAUGUGGUCAGGACUCACCGUGGGGCAGACGAUAAGGCAUUCCGUUGCGUGUACCAAGAACAGGACGAUACAGGAAGAACAGGUGUUUCUCUGUCGAAAGAUCUAAUGGCGAUUGCAGGGGAGACUCUCAAAACCAAUAUCACCACGUUGGGUCCUCUUGUUCUCCCGAUAAGCGAGCAGAUUCUCUUCUUUGUGACUCUUGUUGUGAAGAAGCUUUUCAACGGUAAAGUGAAACCGUAUAUUCCGGAUUUCAAACUCGCUUUCGAGCAUUUCUGUAUCCAUGCUGGUGGAAGAGCUGUGAUCGACGAGCUAGAGAAGAAUCUGCAGCUUUCGCCUGUUCACGUGGAGGCUUCGAGGAUGACUCUUCAUAGGUUUGGGAACACGUCUUCGAGCUCGAUUUGGUAUGAACUGGCUUAUAUCGAAGCGAAAGGAAGGAUGAGAAGAGGUAACCGCGUUUGGCAGAUUGCGUUUGGGAGUGGAUUUAAAUGUAAUAGCGCGAUUUGGGAAGCGUUAAGGAAUGUGAAGCCUUCGAAGAACAGUCCCUGGGAAGAUUGUAUUGAGAAGUAUCCGGUAACAUUAACCUAUUAG